CGGAGCGUCUCCAGCCCUCUUCCCCCGCCUCACUGCAGACCGGCUGGGGACAGGCGCAUCUCCAGUCCUCCCACCCGCCUCUGCAGACCCAGUUGGAGUCGGAAGCAUCCGACCCCACGCAGACCCAGCUGCGGGGCAGCAGCUGUUCCCUGGAAACGGGGGAGGGAGAAAAGGAAGAAACGGCUUGAGGGUACUGCACAGGAAGGAAUUCCCAAGUGCUACUUCUUGGGUUCUCAAAAAGGAUUCGAUCUAGUCUGAGAAUUGCAUGAAUCCUGUGGAUGCAGGAUGGAUGUAUGGAUCAUCCAUUGAUUGUUCCAGACAGGGAACACAGGGUAGGAAUAAAUGGUUGGAAAUGGAGGAUGUCUGUUGGAUGCUGUGACUAGGAUGCUUUUGCAAGCCAGAGCAUCCCUGCUAAUCGUUGCCUGAUUGAUGGCUCAGAAGUGCAGGAGCUGAUAGAUUUUAAACACCUCCUCAGAGAUGCCCGAUGAGAUGCUUCAAAACAGCAGCGGGAUGGAGGAAGCAGUGCAGAAGGAGAACAAGGCUGGAACAUGCAGCCCGCACCGAGGCUCCCUGCGGAGAGCUGUGGCUAUGGCAGUGACCUUUGAUGGAGAAGCCACUAUGGACAGAAGGAAAAAGAAAAAGAAAGAGUCCCGUCCAGAGUCUAUUAUAGUUUAUCGGUCGGAGAAUGAAAAUAAGGUGGAAGAGGAGCAGGCAGAUGAGGAAGGAAGGGAGAGAAGUUCAGAAGAAGGCUCCAAGUUCUUGGGAAAUUCCAUGACAGAUGGUGUCUGGAGCAUGCCCUUAGACAGCCGAUAUGUUACUUUAACUGGAACUAUCACAAGGGGGAAGAAGAAGGGCCAGAUGGUGGACAUCCAUGUUACGCUAACAGACAAAGAGCUACAGGAGCUGGCUAAGUCAAAGGAGCCUCCAAAAGAUGAGACACCGGAAGGGAAGAAGACUUGCGACGUUGGAAUGGACAGGGGCCCCCAUGUCCUACUCUGGAGCAUCAUCUGCCUUCCUGUCAUCUUUGUAGCAUCCUUUGUGGUUUCCUUUUACUACGGGACCAUCACUUGGUACAACAUCUUCUUGGUGUACAACGAAGAGAGGACCUUCUGGCACAAGAUCACCUUCUGCCCCUUACUGAUUAUCUUCUAUCCUGUCAUAAUCAUGGUCAUGUCUUUCUUCCUAGGCUUGUAUACGGCCGUUACCCAGAUUGCAUGGUCCUUCGGUGGCUGGUGGCAUGCCGUGAGAGAUAUGGAGAAGGGAUUCUGUGGCUGGUUGUGUAGCAAGCUGGGCCUAGAAGACUGUUCCCCAUACAGCAUUGUUGAGCUGCUAGAUUCUGACAAUAUCUCAGGUAGUCUGUCUGGCAAAAGCUCUGCACAGGGUGUUGAGACUUCAACAGUCUGAGGCUUUGUCCUGCCUGACUCUGACUUUCUUGAUCACGUUUAUUAUGAAUGGUGCACCAGACAAAGUACUACACUGACUUUUUUAUCUUUGAGCACAGACAUAGAGAAUGAAAUCGUGGGAGUUGGUGGGGAGGAGGGGAGAUUAAAUGUGCACAGAGCACCAAAAUGCCGAAUGGGAGUCUGGUAUUUAUUGUCAGGUGAAAAUGCAUGGUUAUUUCAUAGGGCUGCUUAGCUGAUCUAUUUAAUAUUUGGUUUUAGCAAAUCACAACUGUGUAUAAUUGUGAGAAGAUCCAGGUGUGUCGGGUUAAGGAUGGAAGCUAUAUAAGGUAUGUUGGGAUGAGCAGCAAAAGUCCUUCACUUCUGUAAAAGGCAUGUCUAGUUUUAGCGUGGAAAGGAUGGACCAUAUUGUGAAUGUAGACCUAGCUAAAGAAGUCUGUUCUCUGGUCAAUCCCUGUGUCCAACACCUGCUGAAAUCAAGUGCUCAUGUGGUGCUAGAGGCUAGACUGCAAAGUGCAUGGUGUUACUUAGAAACCGGUAUGUUGGAAAAGGUGUUUCACUAGUUCACACAAAUGCAACAGACCUUGCAGGUAGUCUGGCUGCUGCAAUGAAGAAUGUAUAGUAGCUUGAAAGGCAACCUUGAUACUGAACAUCUGGUUUGGUGUGCAAGCAAAAG